GGUCGGUUCUCGUCCGUCAGUUGGGGCUCAACAUCGUCGGCCAUCGGACGGGACAGCUACACACUCACGAACUUUGCACUUGGCCCAUGCCAAAACUCUCUCUCUCUCUCUCUCACACACACAGAGGCACCUACUCCAUUUGAUUGUCCAUUUUUUUCCCUUUGAAAUCUGACUAGUUUCAAAGAAAACGACAGCACAACAUUGAGCCAAGAGUCCCGCGUGAUUGUUCAGUGUGCGUGCGUGUAAAAAAAAAAAAAAAGAAAAAAAAAGUGCGUUUCGUUGUUUGGCGAUGCGAGUGGAGUGGAGAUGCAACACGAAUUGCCGCAGUAGAUGACACAACAACAACAACAACAUCAAACGAUCGACAACAAGUUGAAUGUUGUUUUCGGGUGAAAGUUUCCUGAUGAACGGGGCGCCAAUUCCCGUUUCUCUCCUCUCUUUAACUUGUUGAACUAGCUAAAGAAGAAGAAAAAAAAACAAACUCGAUUCUCUGAUUGGACCCUGACUGGAAAAACUUGUCGUGCUGUUUUUGUUUGGCCGUCGAUGUUUUUUUUUGUUUUUUUUUCAAGUGCACGCCAUUUUUUUUUUGAUUGAUUGAUUGAUUUGUUUUUUUUUUCUGUGUGUGUGUGUGUGGCCGUCGUCGUGUUUGAAUAUUUUCUUUGUUCAAAAUUCGAAUUGCGAAAGAGAAAUGGCUCGAUCGUGCGGCGUCGUCCAACUGUCGAUGGCCACGGCUCGUUUUUUCGUCUGCUUCGUUUCUGCCAUUGUUUUGGUGACGUCGUUGAUCGGCGGUCGUGGUGCCGGAUUCAUCAGCCGUCAUCCGAACGGUGCCGACGCCAUUCAAAUCGCCAGUUUAACGGCGACCAAUCAAAACUGCACCAACGAGGGACAAACGGUGGUCGUGAAAAUCGUCGAAGAAUUCAUCCCCUGCAUGACCUGCAUGUGCAAGGAUGGCCACGUCCAGUGCAAGAAGGAAAUCUGCCCGAGUACCGACGACUGUUACGUCGUGUUGCAACAGAACAAGAGCGCCGCCAAAUGCUGCCAAGUCUGCAAAGGUUGCUAUUACAAAGGGGUUCACCAUCAGAGCGGCAGCCAGUGGAACGAUCCCGACGAUCCCUGUCAGACGAUGACAUGUCAGGGCGGUGUAGUAACCGUGUCUCGUCAAACGUGUCGCUGGAACGACGAGGCGACAAGCGACGGCCAUUGCCGACAGUUGCUGCCAGUCAGGCCGGGCGAGUGCUGCCCGCGCUGCAACGACUGCCAGUGGAACGACGACGCGCAAAAUGGACGCAACGUGACGAUGGUGGAAGGUCAGCCGGCCGUCAGUCCCGACCCGCAAACAGAGCCGUGCACGCAGUGCCAAUGUCUGCCCGGUGGCUCCAUGAUGUGCACGCGGCAGACGUGCCCCGUCCUGCCCUGUCCGGCUAACAAAGCCCUGCUCCAGCCGGGCGCUUGCUGCCCCGUCUGCCAAGGUGUGCGCAAAGAAGUGCAGCCGGCCUCGUCUGCCGCCGCCGUUUGCCACAUGGGCAAGAAGCAAUUUGAAUUGGGCGCCACAUUCCGGCCGGAUCCGUGCACGAAUUGCACGUGCCAGCCGAACUCGACGACCGUCUGUCUGCGUGACAACAGCAGACGACUCGGUGGCGGUUCGUCGUCGUCGUCGUCGUCGUCGUGCCCGAACGUUCACCCGGCCACCAUCACGGUGGCUCCGCCCCUUUUGGCUUGGCCGCUCGACGCCGUGCCAUCGAAAUCGUCGACCCAACCGUCGGCCAUGGCCGUCGUCGCUUCGUUUCAAAGGCAACAAGAAGCCGCCGUCUCUUCUUCUUCUUCUUCUUCUUCUUCGUUGCUUUCCACUCGCGGCAAAGUGUCGCAACAACAACAACAGCAACAACAACCUGCCAUGCAAACGCCGACGGCGUUGCCGGCAUCACGACCCCUCACCUGCGCCUAUCGUGGCGUCACUUAUCAGAACGGAGCUGGUUGGUCGCUGGAUCCUUGUACGCAGUGCAGCUGUUCGCAGGGCGAAGUCCGCUGCGCCGUCCAGCAAUGCCCCGUCUACCGGCCUAAAGAUCAUCACCGACGCAAAAUGAAAUCGAGCGAUUCCGACGCUCCUUCCUCAUCGUCAUCGUCGGCCAGUGGCAACAACGUCCAGUCACCGCUACAGGCAGCCAACGGCGGACAAGCGUGUCCGCCCGGCCGCCAUCCCGUCAAAGAAGCGGGCCAGUGUUGCCCGAAAUGCGUGGAAGACGACGCCGUGUGCACGGUCUUUGGCGAUCCUCAUUACCGCACCUUCGAUGGACGUGUCUUUAAUUUCCAAGGUGCGUGCAAGUACCUGCUGACGUCCGACUGCCGCAACGACAGUUUUUCCGUCCGGGUCACCAACGACGCCCGUUCGUCGCGUUCCUUUUCCUGGACAAAAACCGUCACGCUCACCAUCGAAGAUUUGAAAGUGACGCUCGGACAAAACAUGAAAGUCAAGGUGAACCACAAACGCGUCUCUUUGCCUUUUGUCAGUCUCGGCGUCCUCUCCGUCGUCCAGGAGGGUUACAGCGUCGUCGUCAGAACGAAUCUCGGUGUGAAAUUGCUGUGGGACGGCGAGAGCUUUUUAGAAGUGACGGUGCCGCCCGCGUUCAAGCGGCGCCUCUGCGGCCUGUGCGGCAAUUUCAACGGCAGGCGGCGCGACGAUCUGCGCAUGCGGUCCGGUCAAUUGGCCACCAGCGUCGAACAGUUUGGCGCCUCUUGGAAAGUGGGCGGACCCAAGUCUUGCAGUAGCGGGCCCAGCCCAGGUGGCCAACAGCGACCACCGCCUUCCAGUUCGGCCGAUCGCUCAAGUCAGCGUCGCUUGCAGCAACAACAACAACAACAACAACAGCAUCCCAAUCAAUUGGCCAGCACGUCGUCGUCCGCCUCCCUGUCCGCUUCGUCUGUUGCUAUCGCUAGCAAAAAAACGACGGCCAGCGCAGCAGAAGAGCCGCUCUGCCAACGACAGUGGCACAUCCGCAUCAGGGCCGUCCGUGAGUGCAGCGUCCUCAAAGCGGCCACCUUCGCCCAGUGCCAUCCGCAAGUCAGUCCCGUUCGCUAUUUCAAAUCGUGCCUGCUGGACAUGUGCGAAUGCCCGUCCGGCAAACAGUGCUACUGCGAGGCGUUGACGGCCUACGCCCACGAAUGCGCCCGACACGGCGUCACGCAGAUCGACCCCAAGUGGCGCGAGGUCACGGCCUGCACGGGCCACCAUCACUCGGGUGGCAGCACUCGACUUCAUCCCACCACUUGAGCAUUUUCCCUUUCCUUUUUUGUUUUUUUUUUGUUUCUGUUUGUUUCAGAAAAUUUUAUUUCAAAUGCCAAAACUCUUUUCUUUCUCUCUCUCAACUCUCAUUAGUUUUGUUUCGUUGUUUUUGUUGGGGGGGGGGGGGCGAUUGAAAUCACUUGCUUAUCGUCAAAAAAAAAAAAGGAAAACACUUUAAGCAACAGGUGAUUUGACGUUUUAACGAUAUGCGUUGGACCAGCUCUCUUUUUUUUUUUUUUUUUUUUUUUUUUCGACCCAGUGGCCAUUUCAUUUUUUGUUGUUAUUCGACAAACGGACAAACGUUUUUCCGACUAUUUUUCCUCGCCCCACCUUUUGAAAUUGACAUUUGUAUAAAAAAAAAACAAAUCUUUAUAAUUCAGCCGUUGAAGCCGAUGACACGAAAGGCCAAACGUAACGAACAAGAAAAAUAGGUUGACCUUUUGACUCGUUAUUAUUCGAUUGGAAAUGAUCAUGAAUGCCCUCCUUCUUUUUGUUGGUGAAUCAAGUCAGCUGGCUCUCUCGUUGCGAUCUCUUCUUCUUUCUCCCUUUUUUUUUUUUAUUCUGGUGCCAUUUUAAUUAUAAACUCAUCCCCCACUCCAUGACGUGCAUUUUCACACCCAUCUCAUCUCAAUCAUUACGAGAAACACGUAGCAAAACGUUGUCAGCUUUGCCUCACCUUUUGGCGUCCGUGUCACGUUCCAAAACGCAUUUUUCUUUUUUCUUUGAAAGAACGUGAGGCAAAAUCCCCCUCCAAAAUAAAAAAAAAAAAAAAAAUAAAAAAAAAAAAAAUGAAUUUGGGCGUGGCUGCGUUUUUAAACUAUUUGCUGUAAAUAGUUAGGCCUUAUACACACGUUAUAUAUAUAUUAUAUCAUUUGUUUGUUUGUUUUUUUUACCUGCAAAAAGGUUUCUCGUGUCGAUCCUUUUUUUUGCCGAUUCCCUCGUGUUUUUUUUUUUUUCAUUUCCAUUUUUCGAAGAAA